AUGGCCCUGCUCGGCUUGGGCCUUCAUGUGCUCGUGGUCCGCGAGCUCGAGCUCAUCCGUCUCCUGCGCAGCCGGUCGGCAGCGAGGAGCUCGGGGGGGGAGGAGGAGGAGGAGGAGGAGGAGGCGGAGGUGAUCGGGGAAUGGGCACCUCACCUCUCCGUGGAAACUGUGUUUGGUGCCAGUUUGGUGUUCGUGGGCAUGAAGGAGUCACGCGGAUGGUCUGUGCGGUUGGACACGGAGGAGCGCGUGCCGAGCUGCCACGAGGUGCGCGCGUCCUUCCAGCUGCUGCACCCGGGGCUGAAAUGGGCCCCCGAGAGCCCGGUGUCAGGUUCGGACCUGCAGGUUUGCCAGACCAAAGGUCCGACCUGCUGCUCGCGGAAGAUGGAGGAGCGAUACCAGGCGGUGGCCCGGCAGAACAUGGAAUCCAACCUACAGGCAUCCAGCGCCCAGCUCAAGCUUCUCAUCAUACAGAACGCUGCCCUCUUCCAAGAGGCGUUCGAGGUGGUUUUGCGGCACGGACGCAAUUCCACCCUGGCGAUGCUGCGGGCGGAGUUUCCCGACCUCGGGGGCGGAGUCGGCGCUGCGGUUGGACAACUCUUCCUGGACAUCUCGCUCUACAUCCUGGGCUCGGACGCCAGCGUGGACGACAUGGUGACGGCCUUCUUCGGCCGGCUCUUCCCGCCGGCGUACCGGCGGCUCCUGGGGGGCGGAGGGGCCGUGUCGGAGGAGUGCCUGCGCGAGGCCUGGGCGGGGGCCGGGGCCUUCGGCUCCCACCCCAAGCUGAUGAUGACGCGGCUGUCGCGCUCCCUGCCGGCCGCCCGCACCUUCCUGCAGGCGCUCAACCUGGGCAUCGAGGUGGUGAACACCACGCAGCACCUGCGGCCGAGCCGGGACUGCAGCCGCGCCCUGCUCCGCCUCUGGCUGUGCCCGCGGUGCCUGGGCCUGCCCCCCGCCCCGCCCUGCCCCGCCCUCUGCCCCUCCCUCAUGCAGGGCUGCCUGGGAGGGGCCGGCCUGGUGCAGCCUCACUGGCGCGGCUACGUGGACGGCCUGGCGGCGCUGGCGGGGGCCAUGCGGGGCGAGCGGGACGCAGAGGAGGCGGUGCUGCGCGUGUACGCGAUCGUCCGCCUGGCGCUGCGCCACGCCGUGUCCGCCCACAGCCGUCUGCUCGCCACGGUCGGCAGCAUGUGCUCUCACCCCGGGCAGCGCGUCUCUCGCUCGGCGCCCACCCACGCCGCCCGUCACCCCUCCGUCCCAGAGUCCCGCAGACCGCAGCUCCUGCCCUUCGACCCCGAGGAGACCCUGGCCGGCCGACGCAGGGAGUUUAUCUCCAGCCUCCAGGGCUUCAGCAGCUUCUACAGCAGCCUGGGGGAGACCCUGUGCAGUAAGGAGGCUGCAGCGCUCAACGACUCCCUCUGCUGGAAUGGACAGGAAAUGACCGACAGGUUCCCUGGACAGGGAUCUAGACGCGUCCAGCAGACCAGCCUUGAGUCCAGGCAGAAGACCCCAGAGCCGGUCAUCAGCCAGAUCAUCGAUAAGCUCAAACACAUCAACCAGCUCUUGCGGUUAGUGACCUUGCCUGUGAGACGAUGGCGGGCGCGGCCAGCAGGGGGCGCCACGGAACACGGAGGAGAGGGGCACGGCGGGGAUGAGGAAGGGGGGUCCGAGAGCGGCGAUUGCGACGAUGAAGAUGAGUGCACCGGAGCCUCUGGAAUGGGCCCGCCCCCUCAUCGAAGACGUCUGCGCAUUUUUGCAGACCUUGCAGAUAACCUGGCCUUGGAUGACCUCACCUUCCACGAGCAGCUGCUGACCCCAGGACUGGCCACUGACACCGAGGGAGGAUCGCCUGCAAAGGGACAUGUCGAGGGUUUGAAGGGGCCAGGGGUGGCUCUCCCAGGGGCCACAGUCUUCCUGGCUUUGCUUGCCAUCCUGUUUGGACAAUAGAAAGACACCUACCCUGUCCCUGGAUUAACCACCACCUCUCUCAGUCAGCACACCCAUCUCCCAACCCCCACCCCCCUGGACCCUCUGUUCUUGUUUUCCCGGACCACCCUGAGAAUAGACACCCAAUCCUCUUCUGGGGCAAGCUGAGUCCUUGAGACAGUUCUCCACUGCAGAGUGUGUGAUUCCCAGAGUCCCUGGUGGCACCUGCAGGUCCAGACUCAUUAGAAAGGAAGGUCAA